AUGGCCAACCCAAUUUCAGUUCGUCCAUGGUCCCGCUUGACCUCCCUGAGAUCUCCUCCUGCACCAGACUCACUUCCUAAAUAUCAGCCUGCAGAACUUUCUCUCAAAACCACCAACACUUCCUCUCAUGACAUGAAGGAAAGUGCCACCAAAUAUACACCAACAACACCAGAUGUUUACAGUCCAAUGCAGUCACAAAAGCUCAAACUCACUACCCCAAUGACCUUCCCACUUUCCAAAUUGAAGUCUCGAGCUCAACUUGAGAUUAAGAUAGCGCUAGAAGAAGAAGUAACCAAUGAAAAGCCUAAUGAAAAUGGUGGUUCAUUGAGGAAUGAAUCAGUUGAAAAUCAUGGCAUUGGAAACAAUGAAAAAGAGGUGGCAGCCAAAGGGAAGUGUAUUGACACAAGGCUUUCGUCUCCUGAUAGCUGUGGCAUGAGGGUCAUAACAAUUUCAGGGGAAAACAAAGGUGCAUACAUGCAAAUAACCAAACCCCACAAGAAACCCUUUCACAAAAUGAGAGCCGUGUACACUAACAGCAAUGUGCAGUGUGUAAACAACUCAAUUGUGUUGAACACAAGUUUAACCCACCAUGAUCCAGGAAUGCACCUUGUUAUCCCAAAAAAAGCAUCUGGGGAAGGAUUCCAUCCCAAAGAACGUUGUGAAGUUCAACGCAAUUGA